CACAUCCGCGCUCAAUCUAUCUCUCUCUCUCUCUCUCUCUCACUCACACAGACACAGACAGACACACACACACACACAUACGUAUUCAUCCAAGCAGAAACGGACACGCACACGCGCAGACAUUCUCUUCUCAGACAGAGUUUUCCCGUGCUCAUAGACACAUGAUUAAAAAAACGUAACCGCUGCUUUGAUGGAGGUAAUGUGAUGUAAAACAGAGGACCUUUUAAUUCCCCAUUUCCUCACACGACAGCAGUUGGCAGCCAGUUGUUCUUUGACCAAAAGGAUGACUUCCACUGUAGCCCUUAGCACGCUGUCCUCAACCAUAAGUGCUAUGAUGAGCACAACCUCUGAGACCAAAACCACAAGUAAUAGCAGUAAAGUUACUGAGGAGUACCAUCCAGUCCUCCUGGUCAUCAACAUUGUGGUUCUGCUUAGUGGUACCAUCAGCCUGAGCCUAACGAUGCAUACCUUGAAGUCCGCCUCUUCGUCCACCACCUCCAUUGCUGUACUCAACCUCAUCUUCGCCCACUUCAUCUUUCUCGUCACCGUGCCCUUCAGGAUUUACUAUUAUGUGAUUGGAGAAUGGAAGCUGGGCCUUGGGUGGUGUAAAGUGGUCAGCAGCAUGAUCCACAUCCACAUGUACAUGUCGUUUAUCUUCUAUGUGAUCAUCCUCAUCAUGCGCCUGCUGACGUUCUACCACAAAGCUGCGCAGCUGGCCUCUUUCCAGAGGAUACAUGCGCUCCUCAUCAGUGCUGUGGUGUGGAUAGUGGUGCUUGUCACGGUCCCUUGCAUCAUCCAUUUUUCCUAUGGCAAAAACAGUGAGAUGAACAGCACCACAGAAAACAAAACACGUUGCUUCAAUUUUGGCGAUAGCAUAGAGUCUAGUGCCGUGGUGGUCAAUUACAUCAUAAGCAUACUGAUCGUAGUGGUGGCCACCGCGCUGACGGCUUUCCAAGCCAACGUCCUGAGGGUUUUACGCAAGAAGCAUCAUCAGGGAUGCACCUCUCAGCAGGACUUUGGGGCUCAGGUGAAGAGCAUGUGCUUUGCCCUCAUCAUGGUGGUCUGCUUCAUCCCUUACCACAUGUUUCGGUUCCAUUACUUAGAACACAUUCAGAGUCUGCAGGGAAUCAAUGAGGUGUUCUUGAGCCUGACCACUUUUAACUGUUUGGACAUGCUCACUUUCUUGGGGAGGAGAAACUGCUACAUGUGCUUCUUUGGAAAGACUAUUUGAGGGGGUAUUUACUUUAUUUUGUAACUUCAUUUUACAGAACCAUUCUUUAUUGCUUGUCAAUGUUUUGGUGCAGCUCCAUAAAUGCAGACAAAAGGAUAUAAAAAAGGAUACUAUCUGAAGAAUACAUGACUAGAAACUGUCUUUUGCUUUAACUCAAAACCAAUGAAUAAACUCUUGCCAUCUAUUGGUCUUUGUAGAUGGUGCACAGGCUUAAAACUUGAAAUUUGUAAUGUUAGAUCAUGGAUGCACAUAUUUGCAUACUGUAUACAUAUGUACAGUAUAUUGGUAUAUGUGUAGGGUAUAUAAUGUAUUUCACUGUAAAAUUACUGUAUUUGCUAACAUUUAAUUUAUGUGUACAUACAGACAGGUGACAAAUUGAACAAACAGAUCUCAACUCAGCUGAACACUUAGGGGAGAUUUUGGUGUUAGUAUUCUCCAACACCCAUCACUAAACACCAAAUGAGGGAAUAUCUCUUAAUAUCCCUUAAAGAGGGUUAAAGACUCUUGUCGGAUCUUUGCCACUGAAGCUGUUCUGGAGGUUUUAUAUUGGGGUUUUCUUUAAUUUGUCACCAAUCUGUAGCCAAGGUGUGCAGCUUCAUAGAUGAAAUGAGAAAUAAAUGUCUAAAAUCAUUA